AUGGAUUUGGACAAAGAUUUAAAGGAAAAACUUAACAUCGCCAGCAGCCGAACUUCUUUUUUCGAAGAAAGUGAUAGUAUCGGGGUUUAUGAUCUAGAUAGUGAAGAUGGAAGGAAAUCCGACUCAAAUAGUGACGAUCUCUUGUCGAAAGAAGAUGAACUUGAAGAUGUAAAAAUGAAUGCUAAAAAGAACUUCAUUUCAAAUGAGAAUGACACAAAAUUCUUAUCUCAUGAAGAAGCUUUUUACAAUAGUUCGGUAUUUGGAAAAGAUACUCCAGAGGGGGCUCUUGAAAGAGCAGCUACGCUUGCCGAGGGAAUUAGAACGCUAGGGAAAUCACAGGAGGAUAACUGGAAGAAAAUGCACGAUCUGAUAAUGAAGAAGGAUUCCUUGAUAAAGCAAAUGGCUGACGUAAUGAUAAGCUGCAAGACGAGGAUGUCUCCAUCCAACGAAUCUCUUAGAAGAGGUGUUCGAAAACAGAAUUUCAGUUCUUGUGGCUUAUGUACUAAUACGCAUCUCAUUCCGGAAAAAGAUCUAAACGAUUUGUGGGAUCCAGACGAUUCAUUUUCUGCGUUAGGGGACGUAUCUGCUGAUGACAUUAGUGAAGUAUCAUUGGAUGAGUUUAGUGAUGGUCCAAUUCUAGAAGUCCCCUAUGGGUUUGGUGAUCAUGAUUCUGGAAUGGAAAACAAUGUAAUUGGUAAAGAAAUCGAAAACGUACAAUCUUGCAUAGCUUCACAAUCUGAAAAUGACAUAUGA